AUGAUGAUCUCUUUAAAUUACUCUUGUGCGGGGGUGGGUGCUCAUCAAGCAUACCAACGGCAACAAAAGCGAAAGAAUAAUUAUGCUCAUCAAGCUUGCCGGGAUGCUCAGAGGGCAACAGUUUUUACAUCUUCAUUACACCCGGAUACUAAGAUAAUGAAAAGAGAAUACGUCAAAUAUGAUCUUUACCCGGUCAGACAUGCUAAAAAUGCUAGUACCGAAGAGGUUCGAAAAACCCAUCCAACCCCAGAGGAAUUCGAGGCCGCGGAAACUGCUCUUCUUGAUCGAGGUCAAUUUACACUAAUCAAGGAUGGCCGCUUGGUUCUAUACGAGAAAGAUGUAUCCGUUCUCAAACCUGGUGAAAAAAGGAAGCACAAAUUUAUUGCCUACAUUGAGUUCACUAGUUCUGCUUAUUUAACUACUGAAGACGGUCCCCAUAAGCUAUCGACUAUCCAACUAGAAAACCUUAGCUUUUUGUCUCAUUUCUUAUUUCAAUGCCGCAACUACAUCUCAACCGUUCAAAGUGUCGCCAAAAUCUUUCGUGGUUACAUGUGGACUAUCGGAUGGCGUAAAAGUCAGACUGAGGGAGAAAUGGCGGGUCGAUACGUUGACACUGGAAAAAUCAGUUCCGAUGCUUUCUAUUACAUGGAAAACUUAAUGGAAGCUUUUCGAGCAGGUGAUAUUAUACAUGAUUUAUUCCAUUCCAUUGCUGAUACGGCUGUUCUAGGAAUGAAGACACUUUUGAAGAAUUGUAAUCUCCCUGGCUUCAACCAUCUCAACUUAGGAAACACCCCAGUUGACACCGACAUGGCUUCCAACUUGGCAUUCACCAUGAAUGAAUUCUCCAACCGUCCACAUAAUGAUUCAGAUGUCUCCAAACAUGCUUUCUUAUUCCUUACUAAUGUGGAUAAAAACACUGGUGAAAUACAACUUAAUAGCCAUUUGGAUCCAAGUUUCCAAGGACCUUUCUUUGUUUUUCCUGAUCACCGAGUGGCUGUGGAUCUCAGAAAAUUAGAUGGAAUUUGUAGGAUUGUUUUUGCUGCCGGUGAAUUCCGACACUGUACUCAUAACAACCAGCCCACUCAUAAGAAGCUUACCUCCAUGGGCUUUUCCCUUCAAAUUACUAAAUCCUGUGUUGACGCAUUCAAGAAGAUUUGUAAUGGCUUUUAUGAUGGGAAGUUAACAAAAUCGGGAAAAGAAUAUUACAUUGGUGAUUGUAGUCAUACCUUAAAAAAGAUCAAAGAAGAUCACAAGAAAAACUUGUAA